CCUGGGGGAUGAAAUCCGAGAUGUAAAUAUUUCCAAGGUUCUUUCAAGAUAGGAGAUACACGCGAGGAAACAAAUUGAUUUACGUUCUUUUAUUGACUUUGUUCCUGGCUAUUUCGUUAAGGCCAAACGCAUACAGGACCAGAAGGUCAAAUGCCGAUACCUGGUUAAUUAAAAAACAACCUUUGUGAGCUAUGUCCAAGGAGGGCGAGAAGGAAAAACGUGACUCGUGGGUCGAGAUGAACGAGAUGGAACGCCGGCCGAGGUUCCAGGUGAACAGGGUCGACGGCGAACAGGGCGACGAAGAAGAGCUGGACAGGCUGUGCCAGGACGAAGACGAAGACUAUGUCGCCUCGUACGGAAAAAGCUUCCGACACUUCACCAGGGAGGCCCUGCCGAGGAUGGAUAACUACAGGAACAUCAUGUCCAUCCAGGCCGCCCACCGGCCGACCCUCGAGGAGCUUCACAACGAGACCCUACACGGCAAGACUGCGACAGUUGUCAGAAUCAAUGGGGACAGAAAUUUACAAGAUGGAAGACCUCAACAGGCUAGUGAUGAAGGAGCCGUCAAGUUCGGUUGGAUCAAAGGUGUUCUCGUCAGGAAUCUGCUCAACAUAUGGGGCGUCAUGCUGUUCCUUCGUCUCUCCUGGGUAGUCGGACAAGCUGGCAUAGUACAGGGUGUUGCGAUUAUUUUGUCAUGCUCCCUCGUUACAAUCAUAACUGCACUCUCAAUGUCUGCUAUCAGCACAAAUGGACUUAUAAAAGGAGGUGGAACGUAUUUCAUGAUAUCGAGAUCUCUCGGUCCUGAGUUUGGAGCGUCAAUCGGUCUCAUAUUUUCACUGGCGAAUGCUGUAGCCUGUGCCAUGUACACCGUAGGGUUCGGUGAAUCCUUGCUAGAUCUUUUAAAGACUUUCAACCUUUCAAUAGUGGACGGCCAUAUUCAAGAUAUGAGAAUUAUAGGCUCAAUUACCAUUGUGGUACUUCUCGGUAUUGUUAUCAUCGGCAUGGAAUGGGAGGCUAAGGCUCAAAUAGGUUUACUUGUUAUACUUUUGGUAGCAAUUGUUGAUUUCUUUGUCGGAGCUUUAAUGGGCCCUCAGAGCGACCUUACAAAAUCGAAAGGAUAUCUCGGAUUCACCAAUGAGGUUCUGUGGGAAAACAUGGCACCGGACUAUCGAGUCAGCCAGGGAGUCGAGCACGACUUCUUCUCCGUGUUUGCAGUGUUUUUCCCAGCUGCAUCGGGGUUUUUGGCUGGUGCUAAUAUUUCAGGAGAUUUAAGGGACCCACAAACGUCCAUCCCAAAAGGGACGAUAUUGGCCAUUAUAAUAACGACAAUUUCAUACGUUUUGAUGGCUAUAAUGACAGGUUGGGUCGUAGUGCGAGACGCCUCAGGUGUAGCUGCAGAAUACGUGACUGGAAAUUUCACCAACUGCACUGACCGUGUUUGUAAAUACGGAUUACAAAACAGUUUUCAAGUAAUGGAACUUGUAUCAGCUUUCGGCCCAAUAAUAUACGCAGGUUGCUUUGCUGCGACCCUCUCUUCUGCGUUGGCCAGUUUGGUAUCCGCACCCAAAGUUUUCCAAGCCCUCUGUAAAGACAAGCUCUAUCCUUAUGUCGGUGCGUUUGGAAAAGGAUACGGCAAGAGCGGUGAGCCCGUACGGGGUUACAUUCUUACAUUUUUUAUCGCGCUCGCUUUCAUUUUAGUCGGGGAACUCAAUGCGAUAGCUCCUCUAAUAUCAAACUUCUUCCUUGCUGCUUAUGCUCUAAUCAAUUUCAGCACUUUCCACGCAUCUUUAGCAAAGCCUGUCGGGUGGAGGCCAACUUUUAAAUAUUACAAUAUGUGGCUCAGUUUAUUAGGCUCCGUCCUUUGUGUUGCCGUCAUGUUUAUGAUCAGUUGGUGGACAGCUUUGAUCACUUUGGCAUCAGUCCUCGCAUUGUACCUUAUUGUUCAAUAUAGAAAACCAGAUGUUAACUGGGGUUCAAGUACUCAGGCGCAAACCUACAAAAAUGCCCUCAUGUCCGUACAGCAAUUAAACAGAGUUGAGGACCACGUUAAAAAUUACUGUCCCCAGAUUCUUGUACUGUCUGGAUUGCCUAAUACCAGGCCACCUCUCAUCGAUUUCGCUUUUCUCAUAACUAAAAAUAUUUCUCUACUCGUUUGUGGUAAUAUUGUAAAAAAUCAAAUGCCUCAAAGGGUGAGAAAUGUCAUUGCGUACAAAGCUCAAAACUGGCUCCACUGUCAUAAAAUAAAAGCAUUUUACGCUCACAUAGACGAUACUAAUUUUGAAAACGGGGCCCAUUCGCUCAUGCAAGUGUCAGGCCUUGGAAAACUCAGGCCCAACAUUGUCAUGAUGGGAUAUAAAUCAGAUUGGAAAACCUGUGAUAAAGCCGAUCUUGCUAUGUACUUCAAUGUUAUGCAUAAAGCUUUAGAUGUUUACAUGGCCGUGGCAAUUUUGAGGCUGCAAGAAGGUUUGGAUUAUUCAAAUGUUUUGAAAGAUAAUGAUGUCCUUACGGUGGACAACAACGGGCCGACAGCCUUAACGCCGCAAAGGCACAAUUCCCAUGAGACUCUGCCGAGGAACACUUCAUUUUCACAAAUGUCAACCGCUAGCAGUGUGAGUGAUUUAUCACCACCGGCAACACCUGUAAUUAAUCACAAUAGGGUUAGCAAAAAUCCGAGCCCGAACAGCGAAACUCCUGUCGCUAAAUCAACACCCAAAACGGAAAAGGUGAACAGGUUUUCAAGAGCUGACCUCUACAGCAGGAAUGCCGGAGGCGUUGACAUUCCAAAAGACGUCUUGAACAAUCUGACUCAAUUUCAAAGAAAACAGAAGAAGGGCAUAAUCGACGUGUGGUGGCUGUACGAUGACGGCGGUCUUACUCUGCUCCUCCCCUACAUAAUAACGACACGGAGGAAUUGGUCUGAAUGUAAAUUACGCGUUUUUACGCUGGCCAAUAAAAAAGAUGAUCUUCUAUAUGAACAGAGAAGUAUGGCAAGUCUUUUGUCUAAAUUCCGUAUCGACUAUUCGGAUUUAAAAGUUAUUCCGGAUAUUACGAAGAAACCGCUCGAGGAGACUUCAAAUUAUUUCGAUAGUUUGAUUAAAGAUUUUGUCGUUGACGACGGACAUGCAGAAGAUGGAGUUCUUGUCGGCAAUGCUGAACUUUCUGCGAUGAAAGACAAAACAAACCGACACUUAAGGUUAAGGGAACUUCUUCACGAAAACUCCAUGAAUUCCAAUCUAAUUGUGAUGACUUUGCCCAUGCCUAGGAAAAACGUCGUCGCAGCGUCAUUAUACAUGGCCUGGCUUGAGGUCCUGACAAAAGACAUGCCACCAUUUUUAUUGGUGAGGGGGAAUCAACAAUCUGUCCUCACUUUCUAUUCUUAACAUCCAAUUCCAAACUCAUAUAUAUACAUAUAUAUACAGUAUUAUUCAUAUUAUCCAACCAGAUGUUUUCUUUAUGUUCUUAUUGAAAACGAGAACAUUCACAAACUGUACAUAUCAAAUUGGUAUAAUAUAUUAGCAAUGAGAAUAUUUAUUUUAA